AGUGUUGGAUCGACCGAAAACAGGGAUGAUUGUAUAUCUGUUAAUGAAUGGUAAUCUGGAGUUGGUUGAGGAAAAAGUUCUCACAUUGACGCAGCCUUUUGAUCACUCGACGAUCCAGUCCAAUUUUGGCCUAGUGGUAAAAAGGUUUCAGGCAACAAGGUGA